AUCCACUUCCCAAUUUCUGAGGUUCAAACAUUGAAGCUUGAAGAUUCCUUGGAUAAAUCGAAGUACUGUCACCUCCAUCAUGGGCGCACCAACAUCCUUCUUCCAGAUUAAUGGCGUGGAUAUCACACAUCUGUUCAUCGCGUUCGGUGCCGUUGCGAUCUGGUCUACUUUGACUCUUACAAUCCGUCUUCUUACCACCUUGAAGAAGCGGUCUGGAAUAUAUUUUUAUUCCGUCUUGAUCGCUGCCUGGGGUCUCACCAUACGUCAAGUCGGCAACUUCAUCCAAUUCUAUGCACCGAGAUGUCCGUGGCAGAUCGGGUUCACGAUGCAACAGCUCGGAUGGGUUGGCAUGAUCAGCGGAUUUUCGAUGGUACUCUACAGUCGACUCACCAUUAUCUUGGAAAGCCACAAAACGCGACGGGCUGUGCUUGGCAUGAUCGUCUUCAACGCUUUCGUAUGGCACACGGUCAUGAUUACAGUACUAUCAGGCAUGAGGACAACGCAAUAUGCAGGACGUCCAAGUGGCACACACAAAUGGAAGAAAGUUCACGACCGCGUCGAGAAGGUCCAAGUUGUGACGUUUGCUGUCCAGGACAUCAUUCUUUCCUGUCUCUAUCUACGUGCAGCAUACCAAUACCUGCAGGACCGGCUCACACAGUCGAGCAAGACACGGAGCGUCAUGUGUAUGCUUUUAUUCGUUCAGCUCGUCGCCAUCACACUCGAUGUCGCCAUCGUUUUCAUGGACUUUGCAGAUUAUCUGCAGCUUAAAUUUAUUGUCUUCAGCUUUGCCUAUGCUGUAAAAUUAGAGCUGGAGUUUGUGGCGCUCAACCAGCUGGUUGAGCUGAGUAAGAUGGGACUGCCAGGAAUAGCUUCCAUGGGUUUGGGGGCUUCCAAGACGGAGGAGAACGAUACAACGGUGAAAAAGAUGCCGAGCACCGCGUUGUAGACAUUACCGUUGGCGAAGAUGGCAUCAGGCGAAACUUCAUCGAAUAUGCGAUCUUGUGCGUCGCAAAGUUCAGGGGGCACCUUGGAUUUCAUCACGACUCCGCGACCAAUGGAGGCAUGAACACUGUGGAUGAACAUACACGGACGUCAACAACUCGAAGCAUACCACAUCGUUCUAUCGAUUUCCCUCAGCCGACCCAAACCUGGCUUC